AUGGUGCGUUUGGACGGGUUUCACGCCUUGAACUCGUUCGACUUGAUGAUUGCCGUUGAUCUCGACAUUUUGAGCGCUCUUUGUAUCGUCAAAGGCCAAGCAGUUCGACUACAGAUCAGUGCGAGCGCUUACCAGCACGAUUGGGCUGACUACAGCUUGAAACGUUCUGCUGGACGUCUUGCGCCUGUCGAUCUGUCUUCAGUGUUCACGAGCUGCUUCUGCCGUGAGCUGUUUCUUCCUUCAACGACCGCACAGGACGCAAAUCAGGACGAUAUGAUCUCUCAGUACGCGUUAAUGCUGCUGAAGACGUCUAUUCCGCAAAUUAUCGCGAAUUUCGACAUUGAAGCCAAACUGGCUCAACCAACCCAGGCAACCAGAUAUCAAAAUCCAAGUGAGAUCAAGCCAGACGUUUGCAAAGAAAGAAAAGAACGCCACAAGCCCCAGCACUAUGACAAGCCAGUACAAGCGAGAGCUCACGAGGUUCAUGCCGUGGUAGCGCUGUACUCGGAGAUGGUAGUCGCCGUCGGAUGCGGUGACCUGAAAGCAGCAAAAGACUUUACGGCAAUCGAGCGUGGUGCGAGCAAAUUCGCCUUCUCUAGGCGAAACGUGUUCUGGGACGUAGUCGCUAGCUUGAAGACGACGUCCAAGUGUAAGUUCUACGGUGAAUACGGUAGUAAGCAGAGCCAUCGUGAGCGUUGGGCUGGCGAGCAACGGCGGCUACCACGAGUGUCGACCGUGCACAUCGACGCAAAUAGUCAGGAGUGUAACCACCGCGUCAUCCUCAUAUAUGGUGUACCAGCCGUAGUCACUGUCGAGGCGCGGGGGCCCAACCUUUUGCAGAAAGUCGUGCAGCGUCUUGUUUCACACGGCUUCAAGCCGUAA